AUGGCAGAGCAAGGAGCAACAUAUUUCCGUGAGGUGUUCCCGGUUCGUCGGUGGAUACGUAGACAUUAUACAAAAAUACCAGGAAGACGUACGGCAAACUGCAAACAUUGUCCGGACUUAGUACCAAUUCGACCCUCGAUUAUGUUACACGAUCACUUGGUAAAGGCACAUUCAAACGAAUUAACAGAAGACGAAAAGAAAGAUAAACUUACAUAUUGGGUAUGGGAUCAUUUUACUAUAAAAGACACACAGUAUGCGACAUGUAACAUAUGUGGCUCAGAACUUAAGAGCACUAUUCGGAACUUACAUCAACACUUAAAAUUUGUGCACGGGAUAUUACCUCCAUGUACAGAUGAUAUGGAUAAUGUAAGUAGCGAUGCAAACCCGGAUACAAUAAUAAAAAAAGAUCAACUACACUCAGCAACUUCAACUAAAAUUUCGAAAAACACGGAACAGAUAGGAGUUCUUGAUAAAAACGAGACAAAUCGCACUAUGGAUCUUUCUCUACGCAGGGAUGUACAAGAUGAUGUUUCGGAUCUUUCAGUCCAUGACAUAGAUACAGAAGAAUGUUUAUCAUUUCCUAGCCAAUCAUCAUCUGUAGCAUCUUUUGACAUAGACUUUUGUAAAGAAGUUUUCGAUCUUUUUACGAAGGAAUAA